CCAGCCACAAUGUGUGUCAGAGGACUGUUUUUGCUCCCAAAGUAGAUGAAUGCUCUAAAUCUGGUGUCUGUAUUGCUGACUGCGAGAUACGAGUAAAAUUGGUUCGCACUUUAUCAUCCCGAGCCAGGACAAGGUUUUUCGAUUGUGGGAUAGAAUGCCGGCGAUCGCAAGUAAAAACUCGGAUUUGGAGUUUGACUCCUUACAACCAUGUUUCUACCCGGAUGAGGACGACUUCUACUUCUGUGGUCCCGACUCUGCGCCACCGGGGGAGGACAUCUGGAAGAAAUUCGAGUUGUUGCCCACUCCGCCCCUCUCCCCGAGCCGAGCAGCGCUACCGGGGGAGCCGGCGACUGCCUCUCCGGAGGCAGACCCUCUGGGCUUCGGCUUAGGGGACCCACUGGACUGGGCUUCGGAGCUGCUGCUCUUGCCCGAGGACGAUAUCUGGGGGGCGUCCGACGAUGGGGAUCUGUUCGGCUCUGCUUUGGAUACUAACCCCAAUAGCAUCAUUAUCCAGGACUGUAUGUGGAGUGGCUUCUCCGCCAGGGAAAAGCUGGAGCGGGUGGUCACGGAGAAACUCGGCAAGGCUAUUUCCACUGCCACAGGAGGAGACAGGAACAUGUGCGUCAAGGCGCCGGAGGUGGUGAGCCGCAGCUCGGUGUCAGAGUGUGUGGACCCCACGGUAGUCUUCCCUUUCCCGGUCCACAAGAAGAACGGCAACAGGGACUCAACCGGGACAGUUAACACAUCCACAACCCACGCGAGUGCUCACAGUGACUCCGGUAAGAAUUUGAAGAUGCGUUAA